AUGGAGCCUGGGAACGUGACUGCUGCUGCUACAGACUUUGUGCUGCUGGGCCUCACAUUCCAGCCGGAGCUCCGGCAUUUCCUCUUUCCCCUCUUCCUUGCUGUUUACCUUGUGACCCUCCUGGGCAACCUCCUCAUUGUUUUUCUGACCCGCUGGGACCCUGCCCUGUGCCGUACACCCAUGUACUUCCUCCUUGGUCACCUCUCCCUGGCAGACGUGGGCUUCACCACCACUGCAGCACCCAAGCUGCUGGGGAUCCUGGCAUCUGGGAGUGGGGCCAUCUCCUAUGGGAGCUGCCUGGCCCAGAUGUACUUCUUCAUCACCUUUGGGGUGCUGGAGAACUUCCUCCUCACUGUCAUGGCGUAUGACCGUUACGUAGCUGUGUGCCAUCCACUCCGCUAUGCCACUCUCAUCAGCCCUGGACGCUGCUGGGGGCUGGUGGGCACUGCAUGGGGCUUGGCUCAUUUCCAUGCCUCCCUCCACACCAUCCUUAUGUCCCGCCUGCCCUUUUGUGGUUCCCGCCAUAUCCACCACUUCUUCUGUGACCUCCAGCAGCUCCUGGCCUUGGCUUGCGGUGACACAAGCACCAAUGAGAUUGCUGUCUUUGCUGAAGGUGGGCUGGCAGUGCUGGUCCCCUUCCUCUUUGUGGCUGCAUCCUAUGGGCGCAUUGUAGUGGCCAUCUUACGGCUUCCAUCUGCCCAGGGCCGGCGCAAAGCUGUGUCCACGUGUGGGGCCCACUUGGUGGCUGUAGCUGUCUUCUAUGGCACUGUCAUUGGCAUUUUCUUCCGGCCUUCCUCCAGUUACAACCCCCAGAAGGACAUGGUGGCUUCUCUGCUCUACUCCACCAUCACACCCCUACUCAACCCCUUCAUCUAUACCCUUAGGAACAAGGACCUCCACGCAGCCUGGAGGAGGGCUCUGGGCCAAUGCAGGGUGUCCGGCGAAGUCUUACCUAUGGGUAGAGAAACCCAGGGGUAG